AAAAAAUAAUUUAAGGUCUAUCAAAAGUUUAUUACCCACACAUUAACGCACGUGCGCAUACCGUGAUCACUGGAUCAAAGUACAUAGAUAAGAUUAUGAGUGUGUAGAAAACAACACAGUAGUUCGAAAUUUUUCAGAAUAAUUAAAGAUGUCCUCAGAUUAUACCGAAUACGACAAGGAACAUCCACGAAUUUUAAUUCCUGAACUAUGUAAACAAUUUUAUGAUCUAGGAUGGGUAACUGGUACUGGUGGAGGAAUAUCUAUUAAACACAAAGACAAAAUUUAUAUUGCCCCAUCCGGUGUUCAGAAAGAACGCAUUUGUCCGGAUGAAAUGUUUGUACAAGAUAUUAGUGGAAAUGAUUUAGAACUGCCACCAGUAGAGAAAAAGUUGAAGAAAUCUCAAUGCACUCCGUUAUUUAUGUGUGCAUAUAUAAGGAGAAAUGCUGGAGCUGUAAUUCAUACCCAUUCAAAAUUUGCUGUAAUGGUGACAUUACAUUGGCCUGGGAAAGAAUUUCGUGUUACCCAUCUUGAGAUGAUAAAGGGCAUAAGGAAUCAAAAAUUGGGAAAAGCAUAUCGUUACGACGAAGAAUUAGUGGUACCCAUAAUAGAAAAUACUCCGUUUGAAGAGGACUUAAAAGAUGAAUUGGAAAAAGCUAUCAUUGCCUAUCCAGAAACUUGUGCUGUAUUAGUAAGAAGACAUGGUGUUUAUGUUUGGGGAGAUACAUGGCAACAAGCAAAAACUAUGACGGAAUGUUAUGAUUACCUAUUUGACAUAGCUCUACAAAUGAAACUAAGUGGAUUAGAUCCAGCUGCAGUUCCAAAAGAUUAUGUACAUAAUAAUAAGGAAUAAAAUUGUAAAUUAAUAACAA